AGUGGGGUCACCCUCUUUUUGCAACUCUCCACACAAACACACACUUACACAGAGGGGAAAGGGACAGAAAGAAGCGAAAUAAUAAGAGAAGGACACAUUGUGGAUCUAAUAUUCCUGCACACUUGCUCCUGAUAAACGUUUAACAUGGCAGCUAAAAUUGUGACAUACCGAAGCCAGGAGGAGGAGACAGCACAGAUGUCCCACAGCAUGGAGCUAUCAUCGCAGAUCAAGAAGAGGAAAUUUAAAUCCAGUGAUGAAGAGGCCUCCCUGGCUGAGUUCUAUCCCAUCAUCCCGGGUGACAUCAUGUCUGUCAAAGAGAUUCUGACAGAGCCAAAGUUUCCACGCCACAGGACAUGGGAGGUCCUGAGGGAAACAAUGGAUAACGAUGAGCUUCGGGAAAGAGACCAAUGGACCAUGUUUGGUAAUGAGGCAGAAAAAGUAGAGAUCGAGGUGAUCAGGAACCAGCACAUGGUCCGGCAACGCAUAGACCGCCUGGCACUGCGUAAGGAGGCAGAAAGGAAGCUUUCAACACACCUGAAGUUUCUGGAUGACUUGAGUAUGAAGACUCCGGAUUUUUCCAUUCCUCUUCGUCCCCACACUGUCUGGGAGGGAAUGACUGUUACACUUUCCUGCACUGUUGAAGGCUGUCCAUCACCACACGUCACCUGGUAUAAAAAUGGAGUUCCUCUGACAGCAUCCUUAAAACCCUGGAACUACAAACUGCUGCAGAAAUAUGGCCUCAACACCCUGGAGAUUAGAAGGUGUUGUGUUGCUGAUGCUGGAGAAUACAAAGUGGUGGCCAAAAGCUCCUUAGGUGAAGCAACAACGUACGCCAACCUUGUAGUGAACUCAAAGCGUGGAUUCGAGGCUGGAUUGAAACACACCCAGGCAGUGGUCGUUGUAUCGGAGGACGAGGCAUUGUUCGACACCGCCUUUUCUCCAUCUUAUAUAAAAGAAGGGGACACUCUGACUCUGAGCUGCUGUUUUACUGCUCCUCUCCUCCCUUUCCAGCAGGACGUGGCCUGGUUUAGAGACGGAGUUCCUCUCCAUGCAUCCGGUCGGCUGGACGUCCGCACGGCCCUGCGCUCCUCCACCCUCAGCCUGAAAGGCAUGCACAAAGAGCACGAGGGUCUUUACACCGUCCGCCUGCGUACCCGAGACGGCUUCACCGAGCACAGCGCCUACAUUUAUGUCAAAGAUGGUCCUGCAGCAGUGCUCGGAGCUCCAGGUUCUCCGCUCCACCUCGAGUGCUCCGAUGUGAACAGAGAUUACGUUUUCUUGUCAUGGGAACCUCCAAGUGCUGAGGGCGUGAGUCCAGUGCAGGGCUACUUCAUUGAGAGGUGUGAGAUGGGCACGGGGAUGUGGAAGCGCUGUAACGAGCUCCUCCAAAAGCUCUGUCAUUAUCCAGUUAUGGGUCUGAAGGAAAACACCUUGUACCAGUUUAGAGUGUGUGCAGUGAACCAGGCCGGUGUGGGCCGUCCGUCUAAACUCUCUAACCACAUCAUUACCUCUGACCCCAUGGAGCCGAGCAGGACAAUGGUGGUCAAGGUGGAUAAAGGUAGAGAGAUCGUGAUCACCAAAGACCAGCUGGAAAGUCAGAUCCGAGUCCCGUUUUCCCCGACUGAUGUGAGAGUGUAUGAGUUAAGUGACACUUAUGUGGUGAUGUGCUGGACUGAGCCGGAUCCACGGGGCAAAGAGCCACUCAACUACUUUGUGGAGAGGUCCAUAGCUGAUAAGGAGAGAUGGCACCUGGCCAGCCUGGACAUGACGAUCAAUGCUACGAGGUUUGCUGCAUUCGACUUGCAGAAAGGGACGGCCUAUCGCUUCCGUGUGCGUUCUGUGAACAAAUACGGUGUUAGUGAUCCCUCAGAACCCAGCCAGCCCGUCACGCUCGGAGAACCUCUUGGCGUCCCCUCUGCACCCCAUUGUGUUCAGGCCUUUAGGGACACCAACAAGUCAAUCCUUCUAAUGUGGAAAGAGCCAAAGAACACGGAGGGAAUCUUGGGAUAUUACCUGUACUGCAAUGAGCUGGGGAACUCGGAGUGGAAAACCAUUAACAACAAACCAGUCAUAUGCACCAGGUUCACGGUGCAUGGCCUUAGAACCAAUAAGCAGUACGUGUUCAGAGUGAAAUCAGUGGGACGAGCUGGAAACAGUCGUUACUCAGAGGAGACUAAGCCAAUCCUGGUCCAGGCAGCGAAACUCGCCCCAUCUGCCCCAUCUGCCAUUUCACUUCUUCACUGUACGGGCACUGAGAUGGUGAUCAGCUGGCGAGCUCCUGUCAAAAACGGCGGAGAUUCGGUGCGUGGCUACUACCUGGAUCAGCGGGAAAAAUCCCAGAGCACCUGGAGAGAGGUCAACGUUAAACCUGUCAAAGAGAGAGUGUACAGAGUUCCUGGUCUACUAGAGGGGAAUUAUUACCAGUUCCGUGUAAUCGCAGCCAACAUGGUCGGAGUAGGCAAACCCUCUGAACCGAGCGAGGCUUUUCUGUGUGAGAAGUGGACAAUGCCUGAGCCUGGCUGCCCGUAUGACGUGGAGUUGAGAGAGGUGCGUCAAGAAUCUCUGGUUCUGCUGUGGGUGCCUCCUCUGUACCAAGGUCAGUCACAAAUCACUGGUUAUGUUGUGGAGAUAAGUGAAGGGGAGGAGUCAGAGGACUGGACUGCAGUGACCCAGGAACCAAUCACAGACACACACCUGAAGGUUUCUGGGCUGAAUGCAGGUAAGACCUAUCGUCUCCGUGUAUGUGCCAUCAACAGUGCUGGAGUGGGAAGACCUUCACUGCCUACAGAUCCCAUCACAGCCCAGACUGACCCAGCAACCAGAGAUAUUGAGAUUGGGGUUGAUGACGAUGGCUUCAUCUUCUUGAGCUUUGAGGCACCUGAUGCUCUGGACCAAAUGCAGUUUGAGUGGAAGAAGAACUACAGACAGGCCAUCGAUGCAGGACGAGCUCACUUUGAGACCAAGCAAAAUAAAUCCGUUCUCACCUUCACUGCAGCUGCAGAGGAGGAUCUUGGCCUUUACACUGCUGAAGUGAUUGACAGGCCUGACAUCUCCUCUAGCUUUAAUUUCACUGCAGAAGAUCUGGAGAGACUCAUGGAUUUGAGCUGGCACAUCAGAAACCCACUUAUAGCUCUGCGCUCUGAGGGCUGGCAGGUGGAUGUGUUGGAACAGGGGAAUGUGAGACUAUGGCUGCAGACGGAGCCUCUGUCCGAAGAUGCAGAGCUCCACAUGAUCCUAAACGACAGAGAGAUCUCCUCUACACCAGGAUGCAAGAUCAAAUUUGAUAAGGCCAGCGGUUUGGUGGAGCUUCUAUUCGAUCAACUGUCAAAGGAGGACGAGGGCUCGUACACGGCACAGCUAAAGGAUGGCAGGGCCAGGAACCAGUUCACUCUGGUCCUGGUGGAUGAAAAGUUCAGGCAAACCCUGGCCAAGUCACAGGCCAAGAGACGUGACUGGAAAAGACGCUCAGGACCCUACUUCGAGGAGUUUUUGUCAUGGACUGUGACAGAGGACUGUGAGCUGAUUAUGAAAUGCAAGGUGACGAACACAAACAAGGACACGAAGAUGAAGUGGUUUAAGGAUGGUGUAGAGAUCACGCAGGUCAUAUACGAUCCCUCUGGAGUCGGCAUGUUUACGGUUCCGCAGGUCACUAAGAAGGAAGCCGGUGUGUACAGGGCUGUGGUGGCUGAUGCCAGAGGAGAGGACGAGAGCAUUUUGGAGUUUACAGACAAAGAGUUUGAGCGUCUGAUGCAGUGCCUGAGCAAAAACUGUGCUCUCUCUGCUGGUCCCAUGAGUAUCCAGUGCACAGCGGCCGGCUUUAAGCUCUACUGUUCUCUGAAGUACUAUCUGAGCUACAUGAAGACCAGCUGGCACUUUAAAGAGAGGAGGAUCGAUCAGGAUGAAAGGACCAAACCUGGCAGCAGUAUGCACAAGCUCUGGAUCGAGAUCAUCAACCCAACUGAAAAUGACAAAGGAAAAUACAACCUGGAGAUGUUUGAUGGACAGGAAACACACAAGCGCUCUCUGGAUUUGUCUGGACAAGCUUUUGCAGAUGCUCUGCUGGAAUACCAGAGGCUGAAGCAGGUGGAAAUUGCUGAGAAAAAUCGUGCCAAAGUCACAAAAGGCUUACCUGACGUUGUGGCCAUCAUGGAAGACAAGUCUCUAUGUCUGACCUGUUUUGCUGAGGGUGACCCCCAGCCAGAGAUGUUCUGGCUGAAGAAUGACAGGGAGAUUGUCUCUGAAGGCCGCUUCAGUGUGGCCAGAGACAACAAUUGCACAACUCUCACCAUCUACUCGGUGUGUAUGGAGGAUUCCGGCAACUACAGCGUCUUUGUACGCAACACGUACGGCUCGCAGACGGUCUACGUGACCGUGAGCGUGUAUAAACACGGCGAGAAGCCACGGGCCGACGCAGUGAAGAUGUAGAGAAGGAGAAAUGGUUGAGUGAAUAAGAGGAUGCCAUGUUGUAGAAAUAUCAGCAAAUAUUUAAAAUCAAGAAUGGGGUGGAAUGGAUUAGCUUGCAGUCUGACCCUAAAAUUUAACUGGGCUGUUUAGGACAGGAUUGAUCACUGAUUAAAUGGUGCUUUAAUAUAAGAAU